ACUUUUGUUUAAAUGUCUACCUACGUUCUUACUUCUAAGUUUCUACUCCGUAAAUAUUUUUAAUAUAAUUUAAUUUAUCAUAAUAUAUAUACCUAUUGUAGUUGUUACCAUGUUAAUUGUUUUGCAUUUAGAUAUUACUUUAUUCUUAUUCUCAUAUAAAUAACACCACUGCGGUAAACCGAAGCUACUAUUUAAAUAUAGUGUAUAAAAUUAAAUUGCAUGGGAAUCUAAUCAAGUGACCCCGACGACUUGAAGGUCUAUCGUGUAUUGUAUAGGUAUGUCGGUUUGGUCAGCUAGUACAGUCGGAAAUAAUUACCACUUCGGGCAUCCUCCCAGUCGUUACACUCAUUCUAACAAUUGGUGCCCAAACCCAACCAAGUCAAAUUUGGACCCUAAAUUCCUGUUAAAAACAUAAGUGCGUGAUGGCGAACGAGGGCGCGUUAAACGCUGAUGACGCCCUACACACACCGGCGUAUCUCUCUUGGAGGAAGUUACAGCUUAGUCGAGCUAAACUUAAGGCUUCCAGCAAAACUUCAGCACUCUUAUCUGGAUUUGCAAUGGUAGCAAUGGUUGAGGUCCAACUAAAUACGCCAACAACAAUUCCCGCUGGUAUGUUGGUAGCAUUCACAGUUUGUACUACAUUGUUGGUAGCAGUCCACAUGCUGGCUUUGAUGAUCAGCACAUGUAUCUUACCAAACAUUGAAGCUAUUGGCAACCUCCACAGCAUAUCCUUAGUUCACGAAUCUCCCCACGAGAGAUUACAUUGGUAUAUAGAGAUUGCAUGGGCCUUUUCAACAUUGUUAGGUCUUAUCUUAUUCUUAGUAGAAAUAGCUAUUCUUUGCUGGGUGAAGUUCUAUGAUUUGAGCCCCACGGCUGCCUGGUCCGCAUGUGUUCUUCUAAUUCCAGUUAUGAUAGUGUUUUUAGCAUUCGCCAUACACUUUUACAUGUCAUUAGCAACACAUAAAUAUGAAGUUGUCAACUGUGGUAUAAAGGAAUUAGAAUUUUUGAAAGAACAAAUUGAACUAGGUGAUCAAGACUCGCGAAUGAAUAACAUGACAAUGUUUGAUCAGGCCCGAGUUGUGUGAUUUAGUACUUUUAUAUGGGAAUGUUAUAAUCUAUACUGUUUGUUACUCUUUACAGUAGGUAAGAAAAAUAUACUUAAAUUGUACUUAAGACUUGUGCCAAUUAGUGGUUGCACUAGAUUUUGUAAUAGGAACUAAAAAAAAUGGUCACAGCUAAUUUUGUGAAAUUUGUAAAACCUUUAAUCUAAUAAAACUGAAUCUCUUACAUCUCUCUAUCAAACAAGCAAUAUUUGACUUAAUAUACUUAUAACAAAUUCAUUUGAAAUGAUUCAUUCUAUUACCUUAUUUUAAAUAAUAUUUAAUCCUGUAGUUUAUUAAUUAAAUCAUAAAAAGUUCUUCUACAACCAAAUUUUACUACUAAUCUUAUUAAACUUAUUUUACUUUAUAUGUUAUGACUCACAAUAAAUUAAAUGAAUUGUACGUAA